AUGACCAAAUGGCAAUUGCCUCCACAAGGAACGACAAAGCUCAAUGUGGAUGGAGCAAUUUUUCAUACUAAUGGUAGUGCUGGGGUUGGUCUCAUUCUAAGAGAUUGGGAAGGAAAGGUGCUACUAGCUGUAAGUAAAAAGGAGGUAGCAGUGAUGGAGCCUUUAGAGAUCGAAUUAAUUGCUACACUAAGAGGCUUGCAAUUUUGUAUCCCUCUUGGAUUGCAGUCUUUAAGCAUUGAGACAGACUCUUUGAUUUUAGCUCAAGAGUUAUCAAAACUUGAGCUGUCCAAUUAUAUGUUUAGGAAUGUAGUGAUAGAUAUCAAGCAGCUGCAGACUAGAAUACUAGUUUGCUCAAUUGUGCAUGUCAAUAGGGAAGGAAAUGAAUUAGCACAUAAACUAGCAAGGUUUGGAAGAAAUGUUAUUGAUACAAGUGUUUGGUGGGAGUCUGUUCCCCAUAGUGUUGAACAAGUCCUAUGGACUGAUUUACUUUUGUAA